GCGUUUUCUGAGCUCUCGUGGUGUUUGGCAGAAGACGUAGCAACGUUUGCAAGGCUGCUGGUUGUCAAAAAACGUUAAAUUGCUAUUAAUAGCUGAAUUAUUCAAAUGGCUGCUAAAAAGAAACGGGCGACUAAUGUACAAAAUGACAGCUGGGUUGUGGUUGCUGCAGAUUCUGUCAUCGACACACACAGCUCCGACAGUGACCCUGCUUUUGUGAGACUAAGGAAUCCCUCUACAGACGCAGCAUCUCUGUACAUGUUGAGUGCUGGUGAUAAACAGCUAUUUGAGGUCAAAGCAUUUGAAGAAGAUUUCCAUUCCUGGUUUGUUGGCCAGACUGUACAGAGAGAUGGAAGACUUCUCUUUGUAACACCAAUGGAUCCUCUUUAUCUCAUUUUACCUUAUUUGAGUAAAGCUGGAAAAGAGGGGAAGUUCCAGCCAGUCAAUCAGAUUGUUAUGGAUGAGGACUUCCCAGCUUGUUCAAGGUUGCUGAGCUGUACACGGUCCCUGGCUUCUUUGCUCCACAUUGCAGAGGAAAAAGAGAUGGGAAGUCUGAAGUUUCAUCGAUACAGCCACGAGAAGACAAUGAUCUGGUUACAGAAAAAGGUGGAGAGAACAGUAGUUGCUCUCAAGAAGAAAAACAUCUCAGUGGGAGAAGGUGUCAAAUCCACAACAUACAUCAGAGUGAAGUCCGAGUCAGACCACCACGAGGAGGACUACCUUCGCUAUGCCCACGGCCUGAUAUCAGAAUAUAUCAGUGAAGACCUGAGUAAAGCUCUUCUUUCACACUUGCAAUUACCAGAGCUCACAAGCCCAAAGGAGACAGAGCCUCCAUCUAAGAAGCGGAAACUUUCAGACAAACCAGUGGAGGCCGGAGAGGACUACACCAAACUCAACUCUACAGACUUUGCACGGAAACCACCUAAGAAGAUGACAGCUGCUCAGAAAACUCUGUCGAAAGUGGACAAGACUGGCAUGAAAACGAUGAUGUCCUUCUUCAGCCCCAAAGUCAAAGCAGAAAAGAAGUGAAUGUUGUGUAGUUUGGUUUGUACAAGACACAUUUAUAAUAAAGAAAUGAAAACAA